AGUAGCGACGAAGGUGACAAGGCCAAAUUAUCCGCAGUACAGCGGGCGUGUUUAGCGUUUUGCAUCGAGUUAUUAGAUCACCAGAUCGUGCAGCGGGAGUACGAGUCGCCGUUGGUUUGCGCGUUGGCAGUUUUAGGUGUUGAGGAGGGCGGGUGGAAAGGGCCGGACACGUAUCUGCCGAUUUUAUCCGCCAUAAUCAAGAUUGCCCGGUUCAUGGUGGUGCAACAGACCGUC